AUGUCAGGCUAUGUAGCUCAUGAAAACAUAUCAAAUCAUCAUGAUACUGAAAAUGGAGUGUUCCAAGAAACUGAAGAGCAGCUUUUAAGAAAAGCUGCCCUAGAAGAAGCUUUAAGCUAUCUUGAUGAAGAUUCAUUAUGCCAAGUACUUUUACAAGCAAUAAAGCAUUUUCCAACUGUUAAAAAAUAUAGAGAUCAGUUAAUUGUUAGAAUUGGAGAACUUGAUAAAACUUUUGGAGAGUGGGUGAUAAAAACAGCUGAAGAAGAAAAAAUCACCAAAAAUCUAAAGCAAAAAUAA